CUCGGGAGAUGCCCACCUUUGUCUGGCUACCUUGCAUCUCCACCCAGCAGCCUCUCGGAAGCCUCGGGGGGUAGCUCCUCCCCAGCCGGGCUGAGCGUUAUAAUGGGCUGCCCCGAGAGUAGUGGCGAGAGAUAAUGGCAAUGCCACUUAAUGACAACAGCAGCUCGAGUGUUGCUGUCGCCAGCAGAGAGCUCUUAAGCGCGCGGCUGACAAGACUCUCCAGCCCGGAGCGACAGUAAGGAGGUGGAAAAGCAGAGCAGAAGGCUGAUCCGCACCAGGUUUCCAUUACUUUUUUUUAUUAAAAAAAACUUAACGGGAGUGAAUUUGCUGCCGAUCUUCCUUUUGAGAGCCUUUGAGGAAAAUUUAAAAGAACACUCUUAGAAAGAGAAUCGAACCAGACUUUUUUUUAAAAAGUUGAUUCAAAGUUCUUCAACCACCUGUUACCUUCAACUUCGCCGCCUGAAGCUCACAACACGAAGCAUCACUGAGGGAAUGGGGAGGGUAGAGCGCAUCUUCCUUGAGGACCCUCCCCCAAGAGGACAUCCUAACUUCUAGGGAUCCUCCAGGUGGGAAAAGGCCGGCUCGCUUGGCUCAACGAUACACCUCCAGGACUGGAAGAGGGAACCACCCGGCUCCUUGCAUGCCUAGGAAUGGAGCGCACUGAUAUGACAUUCUAAGAAGGCAACUUUAAAAGGGGGCGCGGGGAAAGAACACCCUUCCUUCUCCCCAAAGUCGGGGAGGGGAACAGCUAUCUCCGCCACGCUCCCCUUGAAACACUUUACCAAAGGAAUUCAGACUUCGGAAACUUCUCUCACAGCCCUACUUUUCAAGGGUGACGCCAAAGGAACCCCGGUUUCUGUUACAUUUCCAGGGAGACAUUGCCCCGAAGCACAUUUCGUGACUCUUUUCCUAACGUCCAUUCGGAGAUCGAAUACACCGUCAAUUGCUGGGCUUGAAGCCGGGAGCCCCAAAAACACACGCGCACAAGCACCCAGGAGAGAGGAGGACGAGCCCUGGGGGCGAACGCGGAGCGGAGCCGGGCCCCUUCCAGGCUGGAGCCGCCACCAUGAAGCUUGAGAUUUUCGCCCUGCGUUACGAGGACAAGCUCGGCAGCAGCGACCACGAAGGCAGCAGCGACGCGUCUCCCCUGCCCGCCGAGAGCGAGCUGGGUUCGGACGGCGACUGCGCCGCUCUCAGCCCUGCCAGCGGCCGCGGGGGCUUCCCCCGGCAAGACUCGGAGCCUUCGCCUUCCCGCGGCGGCGGCUGCAAAGUGGCGGGCGGGAAGCCGUACACGCGCCGCCCGAAGCCUCCUUACUCGUACAUCGCGCUCAUCGCCAUGGCCAUCCGGGACUCCGCCGGGGGGCGCCUGACUUUGGCCGAGAUCAACGAGUACCUGAUGGGCCGCUUCCCUUUCUUCCGCGGCACCUACACCGGCUGGCGCAACUCGGUGCGCCACAACCUGUCGCUCAACGACUGCUUCGUCAAGGUGCUCCGCGACCCGGCCCGGCCGUGGGGCAAGGACAACUACUGGAUGCUCAACCCCAGCUCGGAGUACACCUUCGCCGACGGCGUCUUCCGCAGGCGGAGGAAACGACUCAGCCGCCCUGGCCCCGCGGGCCCGGACCAGCCGCCUCCGGCCUCAGCCUCCCCUUGCCCAAGCGCCGACCAGAAGCCCCCGGCAGCCGCGCCCGGGCCGGCAGCGGCGAUCGCUACUGCGGCUUCCGCCGGCCCUAAGUUCUCUAGCUCCUUCGCCAUCGAGAGCAUCUUGAGCCGACCCUUCCAGCCCUCUGAGCAGCAGCAGCAACAGCCGCAGCGCCCCACAACCCCAGGGGGAGAAAGGGCGGUGCUGUGGCCCGUCCCCUCGGGAUACUCUCGGUUUCUUCCCCAGCCCGCUAUUUCUUAUGGGCUCAUACCUCCUCCGUUCCCACCUGCUGCGGCCUCUUCUCUCUACUCCUACAGGCUGCCCGACCCCCUCCUACUAGAGGUAUCCGGAGGAGACGCAUUGACGCCCAGCGAUCCCCAUCAACGUUUCUCCCAGAGGACCUCCCUCCCCCCUUCCACUUCUUCCUCGGAUGCGCUGCAAGGGGUCCAGCUCAGCAUUUCUCGGUUCUACUGCCCUCUCCGGCUGCCGGGGUCAUUGCAGCAGGUUGGCUCUUUUCGGCCUUAUCCAACAGAAACCCUACCGGUGUAAUCCUAGAACUAGCCAAGCCCCCUCCCUCAUGAAGGGGUAACUUAAGGACAGACUAUGAAAAAGGUCUCUACGCACUCUUUUUCUUUAAUCCAGUGACUGAAAAGUAUAAAGUCUGUGCCUUAAUGAUGAUUUCCUCUGAGACCAAAACCAAAAGUCAUUUGAUUUGUUUUUAACCUGGACUUUCAAAUGGACCAGAGUGCUUCUUACUGACAGGCUGAAGGAAGAGAUAAGCAGUUCCCUGACAGUGGUUGAUUGUUCGAUUGCUUUUGGGGCCAUUCAUCCAUUUCUUGUUUUGCCAUUCACAGGACUAGGAGGCCGGCCCAAACCUCAGAUUUUAAGCCAUUUUAUUGUCAUCAGUGGGUGGCUGAAAUCCUUACUCCAGCAUAAUAAUUAAAGGAUAAUCCUACACAUGUUUAUUCAGAAGUAAGUCUCACUGUGUUCAAUAGAUCUUAUUCCUAUCCAUGGAUAGGAUUGCAGCUUAACACUGCAAUUCCCAAACUGCUUCUUCAAGAGCUCUGAGGGACCCCUCACACUGGUAUACCUCAAACUUAAGCAGGGUUGCCAACUUUUUAGUGUUGGGGCUCCUGUGUCUAUAACAGCCUUAACGCACAGGUCAGGCUGCUGUCAAAGGCCCCAAAACUGGGCCAGUAAAAAGUGGGUAACCCUAAGGGCUCAACUGAGUUCAGUAGAAGCUAAAUACACUUACCUGGGAGUAAGCCCCACCAAAGUCAGCAGGACUUGCUUCUGAAAAAAAACACAUACACAGCAGGACUGCAGUCUUACAUCCAAGUAAAGGAUUAUGCCUUCAGGCUGCAACACUAGGCAUGCAUUACUUAGGGGUCAGCCCAUUUGGAUUUGGGAGGGCUUACUUCUUAGUAAGUAUGCAUCUGCUCCAGCUGUUAAGGUGAAAUCUGCCACCCCUUAAAAGUAGUCGCAGGGACCUGAAGAAAAUGACAGGCAAUAAGGAAAAUGGGUUGUAAACUUGGGUGGCCUGAAUCCUUAUUUGCAGCACAGCUAGGAGCAAAUACUUGCGUUUAAAACAAAAGACUUAAAGUGUGGCACCAUUCUGAAACCCAUUUAGGCAGAGGUAAGCCUGAUUGACUUUUCUGACACUUACAUCUGAGCAACUUCUAGAUCAAGAUGCACUGAAUGUGUGAGAUUCCCAGAUGCUCCUAAUAUCACCAUCGUGCCCUGCUAGCGAGCAACUCAGACUCCUCCAACCCUGAGCGUGCAGGACUACGGCGAUCUUAUCCAGAAACUUUAAGCCUGUUUCUGAUAAGGGCUUAACGUCAAACCCAUUAAACCAAAACAGUAGGCGCUUCGCUAGUUUGACAAUCGUGAUCUUAGGCAAUGACUAACGGAGUCGGAGUUUUAUUCCUAAAUUCUUUAUACUUUUCCUCUAAUUUCCGGGUACUUCUACUACAGAAGGAAGGGCUCGUUAAAAUGCACGUGUGAGUCUUUCCAGUAUCAGGGCUUCGGCGCUUAAACCAGAGGACUGCAAGGAGUCUUUCUUGGGAUAGGCGAGGGAGGCGGUAAAUUAUUUAUAACUUGUUUGUUUAAGCGAAUACAGCCUUUUUAUUAAUAUUUUUUCCAGUGAACGUUUGAUAGUUUUGAUGUGUGCCCGAAUCUGCUAGAAGAACUAGUUGAUUUAUCCUCCCCCUGCCCCCCCCCUCAUAGAGUUCCUAGGGCUUUUUUCAGAGAGAUCCAAGUGAAAACAUACAAAAAAUUACUGCCAUUGAAAAGGACGCUUUCAGAAAAUGUGCCUGUAGUGAUGUGCGUGUGUGUGCGCGCGCGUGUUAUGAAGCCCUCGAUCAUGAUUAUUUUUAAAUAAAAGUUGAAAGAUUGUCAA